UAGAGUUAUUUAGGUUUUUGAAAUCUGGUAGGGUUGGACUGGGAUUCAGAAAUCUGAAAUGGGCUUAUCCGUACUUUAAGGGCAUACCAUAGGGGUAAAUUUGGAAACGAGAAUACAACCGUCCCCUUGUUGCAGUGGUCUAGCUCGGCGAGGGAAAGUGAUGAUAACUCGGUUCUUUUGUCGCCUGAUCCCGUCAAAGGACUGCUUCACAGUCCGCAGGAUAUCAACUGGUUGCCAUUUCUGUACACAAAGCCAUUUUUCCAUGGAAGCUGGGAAGAAAGCUGCAGUCUUGUACCAUUAUCCCUGUCCGGACGGCGCGUUCGCAGCUCUGGCCGCCCACCUCUUCUUCUCCGUCACUUCCACUCCCGCCGUUUUCUUCCCCAAUACUGUUUAUGACCCAAUCAGGGUGGAAGAUCUUCCUUUGGAUGAAAUUAAUGAUGUUUACCUCCUAGAUUUCGUAGGCCCUUCUGGUUUUGUUCAAGCAAUCGCUUCUAAAGUUGAAAGGAUUGUGAUUUUAGAUCAUCACAAGACUGCACUUGAGAUGCUAAAUGGAAACACUUCUGUUGGCAAGAAUGUGAUUAAAGUAAUUGACAUGGAGAGAAGUGGGGCUACCAUUGCUUAUGAUUACUUUAAGAAGAAUCUCUUAGGAAGUGGUAAGAUAUCAAAUAGCAGUAGUGGGGCAGUUGGAGUUGGGAAUGAACUGUUGCCCGAGAGUUCACUCAAAGGCGUUAGUCUGCUGCAGAUGUUCAAGUAUAUUGAAGAUGCAGAUCUAUGGAGAUGGGCUCUUCCAGAUAGUAAAGCUUUUAGUAGUGGGAUGAAAGAUAUGAAUAUUGAAUACAAUGUUAAACUAAAUCCUUCUUUGUUUGAGCAGUUACUAAAGUUGGAUCUUCAGUCUGUAAUCAAUCAAGGCAUGGGAAGCUUGUCACAAAAACAAAAACUAAUUGAUGAAGUUCUUGAGCAGUCUUUUGAAAUUGAACUGGGUGGUGGAUUAUUUGGCCGUUGCCUGGCUGUUCAUGGUGAUUCUAUUUCAGAUCUAAGAAGUGAGCUUGGAAACCAGUUGGCUAACAAGAGUAAUAGAGUAAAGUUGAGGGGUAUUGGAGCUGUUGUUUAUAGAGUUCCUGAGCUACAAAAUGAUCAAUUGCUGAAAAUAAGUCUGAGGAGUUUGGGUUCAGAAGACACAACCCCCAUAUCACAGAAAUAUGGAGGUGGUGGACAUAGAAACGCUAGCUCAUUCAUGUUAAGUUCAGAUGUAUUUGACCAGUGGAAGGUAGGAGCAUCCCAUGAAGCCCAAGACUCCCAGAGUAAAUCAGUUUGAUCAUACCAGUUGAGCAAGAAGAUAAAAGCACUGAGCUGGAGCUGAAACAAAAAUGGAGUUAACCUUAUUAGGUGAUGUAGCUGAUUAGCUCAUGUCAAAACAGCAGUUGCCUGUUGUUAAUUAACCAGGUUGACCUCUGAUCUGGUUUUUGAUGCAUCAGUUUUGAGUGAAGCUAACACAGGGAAGUAAAGGCCUUCUUUGAAUUAUUCAAAUCUUCAAGAGUUCUAGUAAUAUUCUUAUCAUUCUUUUAACCAUCUAGCAGCAUUUAAUCGGUAGGUUCUCUAGAGGGAUUAGGCUUUUACGCCCCCCUCAUAGGCCUUUUUUUGCUGGAUUUCUUAAUAAAAUUUCAGUGGCCGUGCCUCCAUCAGGAGUAAAGUUUGGGAAUUAAAAAAAAUGGUAGGAUCAUAUAUGGCCCGUUACAGAACCUCUUUUGUAUUUUUUUAUUUUUUGGCUUAUGUUAUUUGAAAUACUUAAGGGUUCUUAGGAGAUUACCUGAAUGUAUUGCUUUGUGAGCGACUUUAAUCUUUGGCAGCAGGAAGCUUAAUGGCAAUGUUGAAAGGUGAGAUGUAGGUCAGGCGAGGUUUAAAUCUGUGUAAGGCAGAGGUUGGUAUUGAAGAGGUGUGAUCACUGUGAUGUAGGACUCAAGGCAUUUUGAGACAAAAGCCUCAAAAAGUUCGUAUGCAA